AUGGGGCCCUGGGCAGGCUCGCUCCUGAUCUUGCUGCUGCAGCUUUCUGGUGGGACCCAAGGGGAUGUGCUGCCUGCAGAGUGCAGCAACUCCAGGGAUCCUGGGCGGAUUGUGGGUGGCCAGGAUGCCCAUGCAGGACGAUGGCCAUGGCAGGUGAGCCUGAGGACAAGGUUGCAGGAACACAUUUGUGGGGGCUCCAUCAUCCACCCACGCUGGGUGCUCACAGCUGCCCACUGCUUCUUGGAGUCCCACAACCCCUGGUUUUACCAGAUCAAAGUCGGAGGGCUGUCUCGCUACCCUACCGAACCCAACACGACCAUCACAGCCAUCAGCAAAAUCAUCAUCCACCCAGAGUACAGGCAGAAUUGGCUCAGUGGGGACAUCGCCCUGCUGCAGCUGGACACUCCUGUGCAGCCCUCCCAGGCCACCCCUGUCUGCCUCCCAGAACCCCAAACUGCUCUUCCCAAUGGAACCUCGUGUUGGGUCACUGGCUGGGGGUCCACCCAGGAGAGAGUCCUGGCAGACACCCUGCAGGAAGUGACUGUACCAUUGCUGGACUCGGAGACCUGCGAGCAGCUGCUGCAUCUGGAGCAGCCCAGCUUGGCUGGGAUGCAGUUGAUCCAGGAUGACAUGCUCUGUGCUGGCUAUGGGGGAGGCAAGAAAGACUCCUGUCAGGGUGAUUCCGGGGGACCACUGGUGUGCUCCAUCAACCACACAUGGGUCCAGAUUGGGAUCGUGAGUUGGGGGUUUGGCUGUGCAAAGCCAAACCGGCCCGGGGUCUACACACGUGUGCCCUUCUACACUGAAUGGAUCCACAGGACACUGAAUGACUCUACACACGUGCAUUCUGCAAGCUUGGGUCUGUUGCUGGUGCCCCUGGCUGUGCCCUUGCUUGGGGCUCUGUGA